AAUUAGUCAGAGUAUCCAGGUGGCCACAAGGUCCUGUUGGUUCUUCCUUCAAAAUGGCUCCUGUCGUGCCAGACCAGGUUUUGGGUGUCUUCACCUACUCUCUGCCCUGAGAUCUGUGUCCCAAGGGACACCAGCCACCCUGAUCCCACCCGAUCCUCCCCUGCUCCUAGAGCAGGGGUGUGAUGGGGUCCCCAUGAGAGGAAAGGAGCACUCUUGUGAGCAGUGUGGGAUGAGAGGAGGUGCUGUCACAGCUUGGGGAAGGGACCCUGGCAACCAGCAGGUAGGUCAGUAGUUUGCCCGCCUCCGCGUUCCAAGUAGGCUCUUGUGCCCAUUUUACAGAUCAGGAAACAGACACGUGGAGGAGGCCAGGUGACUUGCCCAGCCUUUACAGGACCCAUGAGGCAAAGCCAUAGAAGUCACAGUGAGAGAUUCCAGAGCUCUGAGGAGCCUGUGUCUCUGCUUGGGUGGGGAAGGUCCCCUGCCGGCCCCCAGACGAUGAGUCUUUGUUCCCUCCCCAGGGGCUGGCCUGGCCCUCAGGCCUGGGAGAUGGAGGUGCCGAGCCCUGGGAAACAGGGCAGUCCUGGGCUUCCAGUGUCACUGCACGCCCCUCCCCCUCCCGCCUUUGUUUCUUGGCCUCCACAGCCUCAUUCUCUCUCCCUCCCCCUCACUCAGGCUCCUCCUCUGCUCCCCCUUCCCUGUCUCUUCAUUUCUUCUCUCUCUCUCCCUUUCUCUCUCUCUCUCUGAUAUGGCCUCCCUUCCCCCACUCCCAGCACAACUACAAUCAGGCAGCUCAUCUGCGUCUCUAUUUCCCCGCCUUUCACAUUGACUUUCUCCCCACCCUGGGGACCAAGGGCAUCCUGGUGGGAGGCCACGCCACAUCCCAGCCAGUGGACGCCCCUCAUCUCGCCAGCCUGGGGCAGUCUGAGCUCCCCUUUCUCCUGGACCUGGGGGGAGCUUUUGUUCUGAGUCCUCAGCACAAGUGGUGGAAGAGGCCCUGCUCUAAGAAGGGAGGGGCCACAGUAGGGCCCCAGGCAGAUGACAGAGGGGCCUUGGGGUGGGUGGGGAGGCAGCCCUGGCACACAGGUGACACACACCUGGCAGGCUCUCUUCCUGCCCUGGACGGCCCUGUGCCAGGACAUAAACAGAAGGGUUUAGCCUGGGAGAUGGAACCAGAGCCGGUGAGGAGACACGAGCCACAAUGCUGGCCCAGGAGGAAGAAGAACAGAGCGAUACCGGGGCUCCCCACUCCUCAUUUCCGUGUGUCAUAGCCAGGCAGAACACACAUGCGAAACACAGCGAUGCCCUCCUAGCUAGCCGUCACGGGAUGGAGGGCUUCAUGGACUCAGGGACACAGACGGACGCUGUGGUGGUGCUGUCCUUGGCUCAGGCUGCCGUGCUUGGCCUGGUCUCCGAAAAUGAGCUCUUUGGAGCUACCAUAAGCGCUGAGGCCUUCUACCCGGACCUGGGGCCCGAGCUUUCUGGAGCAGCCAUGGGAGAGCCCGGGCCACCAGGCCCCGACGUCUACCAGCUGGCCUGCAACGGGAGGGCCUUGGAGGAGCAGGCAGAGGAGGAGGUGCUGGAGGUGGAGGCAGCCCUCGAGAAGCACACCCGGCGGAAGACGCGGCCACCUGUGCGCCUGGUGCCCAAGGUCAAGUUCGAGAAGGUGGAGGAGGAGGAGCAGGAGGUCUAUGAGGUUUCUGUGCCGGGUGACGACAAGGAAGCAGGGCCAGCAGAAGCCCCGGCUGAGGCAGCCAGUGGCGGCUGCGAGGCCCUGGUGCAGAGCAGUGCCGUCAAGAUGAUCGACCUCAGCGCCUUCAGCCGCAAGCCCCGGACGCUCCGGCAUCUGCCCCGAACCCCGAGACCGGAGCUGGACGUGGCCCCGUAUGACCCUCACUUCCCGGCCCCGGCCCGGGAUGGCUUCCCCGAGCCCAGCAUGGCGCUGCCUGGGCCAGAGGCCUUGCCCACAGAGUGUGGGUUCGAGCCACCCCACCUGGCCCCACUGAGUGACCCCGAGGCCCCCAGCAUGGAGUCCCCGGAGCCUGUCAAGCCGGAACAGGGCUUCGUGUGGCAGGAGGCCGGCGAGUUCGAGGCUGACGUGGCGGGUUCGACCGUGGAACGCCACAAGAAGGCCCAGCUGGAUCGGCUGGACAUCAACGUGCAGAUCGACGACUCCUACCUGGUGGAGGCGGGUGACCGCCAGAAGCGCUGGCAGUGCCGCAUGUGCGAGAAGUCCUACACGUCCAAGUACAACCUGGUGACACACAUCCUGGGCCACAACGGCAUCAAGCCACACUCAUGCCCACACUGCAGCAAGCUCUUCAAGCAGCCCAGCCACCUGCAGACGCACCUGCUGACGCACCAGGGCACCCGGCCCCACAAGUGCCAGGUAUGCCACAAGGCCUUCACGCAGACCAGCCACCUCAAGCGCCACAUGCUGCUGCACUCGGAGGUCAAGCCCUACAGCUGCCACUUCUGUGGCCGCGGUUUCGCCUACCCCAGCGAGCUCAAGGCCCACGAAGUGAAGCACGAGAGUGGCCGCUGCCACGUCUGCGUCGAGUGCGGCCUGGACUUCUCCACCCUGACCCAGCUCAAGCGCCACCUGGCCUCUCAUCAGGGCCCCACCCUCUACCAGUGCCUCGAGUGUGACAAGUCCUUCCACUACCGCAGCCAGUUGCAGAACCACAUGCUCAAGCACCAGAACGUGCGGCCCUUCGUGUGCACUGAAUGCGGCAUGGAGUUCAGCCAGAUCCACCACCUCAAGCAGCACUCCCUCACCCACAAGGGCGUGAAGGAGUUCAAGUGCGAGGUGUGUGGCCGGGAGUUCACCCUACAGGCAAACAUGAAGCGGCAUAUGCUGAUCCACACCAGCGUCCGGCCCUACCAGUGCCACAUCUGCUUCAAGACCUUUGUGCAGAAGCAGACCCUCAAGACCCACAUGAUUGUACACUCGCCCGUGAAGCCAUUCAAAUGCAAGGUGUGCGGGAAGUCCUUCAACCGCAUGUACAACCUGCUGGGUCACAUGCACCUGCACGCGGGCAGCAAGCCCUUCAAGUGCCCCUACUGCUCCAGCAAGUUUAAUCUCAAGGGCAACCUGAGCCGGCACAUGAAGGUCAAGCAUGGCGUCAUGGACAUCGGCCUGGACAGCCAAGACCCCAUGAUGGAGCUGACAGGCACUGACCCUUCUGAGCUCGACGGCCAGCAGGAGAUGGAAGACUUUGAGGAGAACGCCUACAGCUAUGCGAGCGUGGACAGCAGCGCCGAGGCCAGUGUCCUCACUGAACAGGCCAUGAAAGAGAUGGCCUACUACAAUGUGCUAUAGCACAAGCUGGGCCAUCCCCAACGGGGACCAGGGGGGCCAGGGAAUGGGGGUGAGACCCAUGGGCUGCAGGCUGCACCUCCUGCAGCCAAGAAACAAGCUACUGCCCCACUGUUCUGAGCCCUCCCUCCCCAAGUCAUUUGCACCACUAGGGACCUUUAGACCAAAUGGAGACUGUACUACUGGCCCCGGCUGUGAGCCAGCACAGGCCCAGGCAUCCCAGCAAGGGAAGGAGAACACAUGAGGCCCAGAUCUGAGUCUCCCUGGCCUGCUUCCAUGGGGGGUGGGAGAAGUGGGGCCACUGGGGACAGGUCACAAGGGCACAGGCCCUCGGGGUCUCUCCAGGCCCAGCAGAGCUCUUCAGGGGUCCUGACACUGGAAGAGGAGACCACUUGAGCCAUGUCUUUUUCGCGGCCAACUCCUGCCUCUAAGGAUGUCUGAGCUCCCUUCUGGCCAGUACUGCCCACCCCUCCCUUGUCCAGGCCCCCUUCUCUGCCCUGUCGACAGACUGCCAGGCAGAGCACUCUGCCUUCUACCUCCUGGGGUCUCCCACGUGCUCCUCAAGCCAGGCAUGCACGUGGCCCUGGCCCUGGCCUGCAGGACAGCUGGGGGGAGCCCAGCCCCCAGUAGACCCCUGUCCUACAUCCCUUCCUGGAAGCGGGUGUCCCUAAAGUGGAUUGCAACACGUCAUCCACUUCGGCCCUAGCUGGAACGCCUCACCAGGGGGCCCCCACCAGGAACAAAGCCGGGACAGGCCCUGCGUCGGGCACACACUAACAAAACCAGAAGCAUGGGGCAGAGCAGGGCGGAGUGAGGGCACCAUAGGGGACCAAGAAGAGUUGUCCUUGGGGAAGGCCCAGGACCACCUGCGGGGGAGGGGGACCGCAGUCAUUUCUUAUUCCUCAGUGUCCACCUUGUGACGGGGAUAACCACAAGUCAGCAGCUCCCCGGAAAGAGCAACGUAUUUAAAAAAGGAAAGUGAAGCCCACAGAGGGAAAUCAAGGGUUUUUUUGAGCAAAGGGGGUCUUCUGAAGGUAACUUAUUUUUUUCUUUCCAACUGUGUGUCACCUAUGACCUUUUCUGAUGGAGAUGCAUUUUCUUUUUCCGAGCAUAAGCUUCCUCGUGUGCUGUGCGUGCUUCCUACCCACCCACCCCGAGCAGCCUGGCCGGGCAGGACCGGGGCUCCAUGGGGACUGUCGCACUGGCCCUGGAGGUGGAGCCACUGGCAGCAGCCUCAGCAGGCUGGGGUGGAAGGCAGGAGAAAGCAGAGCUGGAAAGCCCUCCACGCCUGCCUGGCUCCUGCAGUUGCUGAUUUGCUCCAUCCCAUGCCCCAUCCUCAGCUGUCAGGGCUGCUGACUCUGACAGCAGCCAAGAGCUAGCUCUCUCGCUCACCUGCUCUCUUCCCCUCUGUUCCCACGCCAGCUCCUGCCCCUGGAACCAGAGACGACAGGCCCAGGGCAGUGAAAUAUCACAUUCAGGAACUCUAGGGCACCCGGACCCCCACCCACUUGCCUCCUGAGGCCUCAGUGGGGAGUGGCAAGCAGGAGUCGUCCCCAAAGGCACAGAUGAGGCCACUAACUUCAGCCUAGAAACCCAGAGAGGGGAACAGCCUGGGGUGGGAGGAACCAAUCUGCAGCGCAGCCACCCCCAAGGCUGGAUCCUUAAGUCAAGGACCAAGCCAGGCCUCAGGGUGACUGUGAUCAGGACUGAGGAUGGACAAGGUGGCCCAAGUGUGGCUCCCAGACCCCAAGGCCCCACGACCUCCCAGGUGCCCGCCAUGAUGACCCUCAGGUGGCAGUGACCCCGUCACUGCACAAGACAUUUUCUCCUGCUGAGCAGAAGGCAUCAUCCCCUGCAACUACCUCUUCCUACAACGUCUUUCUCCCCUGGUACCAAAAAGAACCCUGUACCUCCUCCUCCUCCUCCCACCUGCCAGUGCAGUGGCCUUGGUCUUGGAAACCAAAGGGAGAAGGUCUGGCCCCCGGGGUGGGGCUCUCCUUUCCCUCCCCCAGCCCCACUGUCAGCACUGGCCCUUUGUGAGGUUCGAUACUUGAACGCCCCCUGCCCUGUGCCUUGGACCUGGGCAAAGCUAGGAGGAGGAAACAGCACAACUCACAGUUUGAGCUGGGGGGUGGUCUCGGCAAGGCUCCUGUCUGCACUCCUCCCUACCCUUAGCAAAAGAGGUGCACAGCCUCUCGGGUGACUUGGAAACUCCUGGACAAAUUCCAUUCUAACUUAUUUUGACAUGUAUACAAACCAACUGUUUAGAGAUUCCACUUGUGCAAAGCCCUACUGUGUUUUUAUGUUCCUGUUUAAAAGAGAAGUUUACUUAGCAAUAAUUAUAAAUAAAUGAAUAUUCUUUAGUGAGGUGA